GACAUUAGGUGAGAUUGAAUGGCUGCCUUUCCUCGCGUGACCAUGUUUCUCCUGGUAUCCAUCACUGGGGAACACACUGUGUUUUCAGGAUUCUUCAAACGUGACUACUCUAGAUGGCCUAAGCCCCCGUGUGAAAUGUACCAGCCACCAGACCUUCUGAACGACUUGUUCUGCCCCAACGUCACUGCAUACGUGUGCAGCACACGUGGCCACACUUACCAGAACGAGUGUCACUUCUGCGUUGCUCAGUGGGAAUACGGUUCACAUAUUAAAUUUGAUAAAUAUGGGAAAUGUUCUGAUAAGUAACAGAGUAUUACAUUUGCUUAUUCUUUCC